GAUCCCUCAGUAGAUUAGAGACUCUCCUGUUCCUCUCCAUGUUAUUGACGGGGAGAGGAGAGGAGGUGUUUGAUCUGCAGCCAUGGAGCCGCAUUAGGAGAAAUAAAGAGCAGGCUCCUCUUCCCCUGAAAAGAAGAAAAUAGUCAAUAAAGCUAUUCCUGAGCAGGAAUAUAUAUGAGCGAAGGCGGAUACGAGUGUGAAUCAUGCCGUGCACACACAGAAGAAUCUGAAAGCGUUUGCCGUUAAAGAUGUCCGCAGAGCAGCAGCGGGCGGAGAUGGAGCGGCUGUCCCGGGAGCUGGCCGAGACCACGCAGGAGAAGAUCCAGGCGGCGGAAUACGGCCUGGCGGUGCUUGAGGAGAAACAGCAGCUCAAGCAGCAGUACGACGAGCUGGAGGCGGAAUAUGAGAGCGUCCGCCAAGAGCUGGAGCUGCUGCGAGAGGCAUUUGGACAGGCUCACUCCAACCACAGGAAGGUUGCGGCGGACGGCGAGAGCCGCGAGGAAUCGCUCAUCCAGGAGUCGGCGUGUAAGGAGGCCUAUUACGAGCUGCGCAUGCAGGAGCUGCAGGCAGAACUGCGGCAGGCACGCAACAUCUUGACCAACACCGAAUCGGAGAACGAGCGCCUGGCCACCAUCACUCAAGAACUGAGAGAGAACAAUCAGAUGGUGGAGCUGCAGAGGUCACGUCUGCGUGAUGACAUCAAAGAGUUCAAGUUCCGGGAGUCUCGUCUGCUGCAGGACUACAGUGAACUGGAGGAGGAGAACAUCACCCUGCAGAAACACGUGUCCAUCCUGAAACAGAGCCAGGUGGAGUUUGAAGGUCUGAAGCAUGAAAUUCGUCGUCUGGAGGAAGACACUCAGUUUCUGAACAGUCAGUUGGAAGAUGCCAUCCGCCUGAAGGAGAUCGCUGAAAGACAGCUCGGAGAAGCACUGGAGACCAUCAAGACUGAGAGAGAGCAGAAGGCCGCUUUGAGAAAGGAGUUGUCUCAGUAUAUGAGUAUAGGGGACUCGAUGUACCACAGUCCUUUGAGUAUCUCCCUCGAUGGACUAAAGUUCAGCGACGACACAUCAGUCGAGCCUAACAAUGACGAACCCAUCCACGGCUACGAGAACACUUUUAACAAGAUCACCAACGGCGAUGACAACCGCAUUUCCACACCCAAAAAAGGGGAGAUGUUCCACCCCUCCUCCAGCCUUGUGGACAAUCUAUUGAGUGAACUCAACAUCUCCGAGAUACAGAAACUAAAACAACAACUGCUGCAGGUGGAGCGAGAGAAGGUGACGCUGCUGUCUACACUGCAGGAUUCUCAGAAGCAGCUCGAGCAGGCUCAUGGAGCACUAUCUGAGGAACACGAGAAGGUCAGCCGUCUCACUGAGAACCUCAGUGCCAUUCGCAAGCUUCAGGCCAGCAAAGAGCGCCAGUCUGCUCUGGACAACGAGAAAGAGCGCGACAGCCACGAGGACAGUGACUACUAUGAGGUGGACAUCAACGGCCCUGAGAUCCUGGAGUGCAAGUACAAGGUUGCUGUGUCCGAGGCAAGUCAACUUAAGGAGGAGCUCAAAACAUUGAAGGCGGAGCAGUCAGCCUGUCAAUCACAGUAUAAGGAAGAGCGGGUGCAGCUGGAGAGCCAGGUUGCAUCUCUGAGCGCUCAGGUCACUUCUCUGGAGCACAGCAGCCGAGCGGACCACGAGCAACUGGCACGACUCGAGAAAGAGCUUCGUCAGGCCAGCGAAGUGGCGGGCGAAUCCCAGGGCAGCCUUAACGUAGCGCAAGAUGAGCUGGCCACCUUUAGCGAAGAGCUCGCCAACCUGUAUCACCACGUCUGCAUGUGCAACAACGAAACACCCAACCGCAUCAUGCUCGACUUCUACCGUGAAGGUAAAGCCGGAGUUAAUGGCACUCAGACUACGGGUUGGGCCAGCCCUGAAGGUCGCGGUCGCCGCUCUCCCAUCCUGCUAACACGUGGUUUGUUUCCCGCUGCCGAUGCUAGCGAUGGAGCGUCUUCUCCGGUCUUCUCCAUUCCGUCCCCAAUGGCUGAUCCUCGCAAGGAGCCCAUGAACAUCUAUAACCUGGUGGCCAUCAUCCGGGACCAAAUCAGGCACUUGCAGCUGGCUGUGGACCGCACGACGGAGCUUUCUCGCCAGCGCAUGGCUUCUCUGGAAUUGGGUCUUGGGUCAGACCGAGAACAAGAGGCCAGCGUGGAGGAGAUUCUUAAGCUCAAAUCACUCCUCAGCACCAAGAGGGAGCAGAUAGCCACACUGAGAACCGUCCUUAAGGCAAACAAACAGACUGCUGAAGUGGCACUGGCAAACCUGAAGAGCAAGUAUGAGAAUGAGAAGGCCAUGGUGACUGAAACCAUGAUGAAGCUUCGCAACGAACUUAAAGCUCUGAAAGAGGAUGCUGCCACCUUCUCCUCACUCAGAGCCAUGUUUGCCACUCGCUGUGACGAGUAUGUCACUCAGUUGGAUGAGAUGCAGCGUCAGCUAGCAGCCGCAGAGGACGAGAAGAAGACGCUGAACUCUCUCCUCCGUAUGGCCAUUCAGCAGAAGCUGGCACUCACACAGCGCCUGGAAGACCUCGAGUUCGACCACGAACAGACCCGCCGGAGCGGAACCAACGGCCGCGCCAAGACCACCUCCUCACGCGGGAGAUCCGCCCACAACUCCACCUACUCCCGUGUAAGUCAAGCCCCCACCGCCACCUGCGGGGGUAACGGUGAGCCCAACGUCCACGUGGGAACGCCGAUGGUCUUCUGCAGUGAAAAGUACAAGAUCUACUGCGACUAAAGCCAUUGCUUCAGUUGAUAGCUGACUGUACAAAGCUCCACUCACGCUCUCUUGCUUGCUAUGUGCUAACCCGUAUGAUGUGUCCAUGUGUUUAGGGCGGAAUAAGGUCAUGCCUGCCAGCGUUCUAGUAUCCAGCAGAAUGAAGUUGAUGUUGUAGAGCUUGCUAAGGGCAGUAUGAUAGCAUUUAGUCGUAUAGGUUCACGGGAAGGGCUGCGUGUCGUCUUCCGGUAUUAUGGUGCUUAAUGCAGCUUCGCACAUGGGUCUGUGUACGUGUUCUUAGAUUUGACCGAUAUAUGUGCUAGAUAGAGAGCACUUUGAAUUGUGGUUGUCACAGUCUGGUUGAUAGCUUUUUGCCCUCUUUCUUUCAAAAGUCCUUUUUCCUCUGACCUUCAUCCCAGUGGAGAAAAACUGCUUAAACCAGCCAAAGGUGGUCUUACUAAAGUAGCUAAGACCGGCAAACCACUGGUGUAAGCUGUUUUUCAAGCGGGGAUCUCUCUCUUGCCUCUGAAACGGGCAGCCCGUCCAAUCAGGUAACGUGUGUUUACAUGACAGAUGAAACUAAAUAUGCAAACUUUCUCCCUGCCUUGUUGACGUGCAGGAAAACCCACUGAAUUGUGCCAUUUUAUUUUGCUAGAAUUAAAAAAAUAAAUAAAAAAUUGACGGGUUUGGCCCACGAGUGAGCGUUUUGAGGGAUGUCACUCAUGAGGAGGCAGGCGGGAACGCACGGGGUCCAUACAUAAGCAUGCGCCGGAAAGCGCAUCAGUUUCUGGCCUGUUUUUCAGUUUGCAAUUGCUAGUAGAUGUGUGGCUGCAAAACUAUUUCUGAGAGCUUUAACAUGUUCUAGACUUGAUUUCAUGUACUUGAGCACACUUGACACAGGGCUUAAUGUGGUUAAGUCAUGGUGAAGGGCUUUACAUGGUGAUAAUUCAAUGUUCACUUCAAUUUAUGUGUAGAAAAAACAGAGGAGGAGUCUUGUGUGUCGCGACACUCCUUUCAAAACAACACAAAUCAUGACUUGUCUUUUUUGGAGUUAGUAGAUAACUUACUGUAUGAUAAGAAAUCACCCUCAACUCCAUAUAGAAAACAUGUUGAGUCAUGUUCAAAAGACAGUAAGGUAUAUUCCCAUAUAGUCUAGUGGUUAGGAUUCCUGCUAUUUACCCUGGCAGCCCGGGUUCGACUCCCGGUAUGGGACAUGAGUCCAGUGUCUUUCCUAAUACAUUAAUCUCCAAUUAAUUUGAUCACCCAUUAAUACUUUUCAAUCAUCAAUCAUAUUCAAUUACUGACAAUUUUAUGAAAUGGAAUGAGAUAAGUAACAUUUGUCAGGGAUUGCUGAGAAUAUUCUGGGUUCAAUACAAGUUCAGCUCAAUUGACAGAAUUUGUGGCAUAAUGUUGAUUACCACAAAAAAUAAUUUUGGCUCGUCACUCCUUAAAAAAAUAAAUCAAGGUUACAGUGAGGCGUGUACAAUGGAAGUGAAACGGACCAAUUUUUGGAGGGUUUAAGGCAGAAAUGUGAAGCUUAUAAUUAGAGGUAGACCAAUAUAUCGGUUUUACCGAUUAAUCGGUGCCAAUAGUUGCUUUUUGGAUCUGAACUAUCGGUUAUUGGCACAAAUCUAUGCCGAUAGUUUUUUCACCAUUUCAUAUUUUCAAAAUAAGAGUCCCUGGUGUUUUUUGAGCUUGUUUAUACUUAAAAGUACCACGUUAUGCACCAAAUCUUCAUUUUUUUUUGGUUAUUAUUGGGAUUUUGGUUGAACAAUAAACUGCAUCUUGGAUUUUAUUCAUUUUGGACUAUUUGCCCGCCAUAGUAAGAAAAGAAUGAGAUAAUUUUUGACAUUCUAUGAAUCGAUUUUAAAAACUAUAAGCCAUUUAAUUGGUUAUUGGCCAUUCCCACCACCUUAGUCAUCAGUAUUGGCAAAAUCCACUAUCGGUUGACCUCUGCUUAUAAUUUUAUAAAAGCACUUGCAUUAAUUAUUCUGUUAAAUCUCAUGUAUUAUUUGAGCUGUAAAGUUGUUUAAAACAAAGGUUUUACAGUUGUUUUAAGGUUUACAUGUCGUCAUGGUAACGAAGUUGUAAAUUUGGCUAUAACUUUUUAUCACACUAAUAUCAUGUUAACAACACAGUGACUAUACUUUUGAAACAGUGAUUAUUUUAAUAUUUACGGAUUGGCCCCAUUGACUUCCAUUGUAAGUGCCUCACUGUAACCUGGAUUUUCUUUUUUUUUUUUUUUUUUUUUAAGAAAAGGAGAGACGAGUCGAAAUACAUUUUUGUGAUAAUCAACAUUAUGCCACAAAUGCUGUCGAUUGAGCUGAACUUGUAUUGAACCCAGAACAUUCCUUUAACUAGGUCUGGUGGUUUGGUAUCGAUAUCUGAUCUAGUGCUUUACUUCAUAAAUAAGCUUUGUAUAUUUGUAUUUUUGUUUUUUGUUUUAUGCUCAGAAGAUAUUGAUUUACAUUAGAUGUUUCUUGCCUUGUCAAUGAAUGUAGAAUUUUACCGAUUUUGGUUUUAGAAAGUUUUACUAAUUAACAUCUGGUAAAUGCUGCUGUCAGCACGCCACCGAGGAGGAGCAGAUCAAUUCAUAUUUCACUGUUUGCAACCUUUACUAUUUAACAUGCAUUUUAAAGUCCAACCAGGCAAACUGUUUGUUUAUUUGUUUGUUUGUUUUUUGGGGGGGAACUAAUUGUAAUAAUUUGGGCUGAGGACUUUUAGUGAUUUCCUGGCUUCCUACAUUAACAUCAUCUACAUUAAUCUUCCACACUAACAAACAUUGGCUGUUUGGCUUCUGGUGACUAACACUGUUUUACAUUUAAUUAAUUUCUUCCAAAAUUAGUUGCAUUGAUUUCUGCUUCACUGCAGCUUAUGUUCAGAUGGAAGGCUUUCUGAAUUUAACAUUAAUGCUAACUGCUAUUAUUUCUGUUCUCCAAUUCAACAUUCCCAAACGGCUCAAGUUGAACUCCCCUGGACUAACAAAACACACUGGAUGACCAUUUACUUGGUUCUUUUUUCAUUCUUGGAAAUUAUAAACCUUUCUUAUCGUUAUACGUAGGGUAUUUUAAGUACAUUUUGACUUUUAAGGAAAAGUUUUGAUUUGUUACAUUGGAAGCCAGCAUUCAAAGUCCUGAAAACGUCAACUUUUUUUUAUCAAAAGAAAAGUGGCUAGAUUUCCUCAACUUUCAUCGGUUUGUCUAGGAUUUUGUAACCUUUGCUCUUUUAAUAUAGGGUUAUAUUGCUUUUAUGUUAACUUUUAUUUUAUUAACCUAGUUUAGUGUUUUGGUUUACGAGUCGGUAUUUUACACAGUAUAUUUUAAGAGUAUUGGGUUUCUUAGUGAUAUUAUCACAUCAUCACAGUCUGUGUUAUGUAUCCUAUUACUCCUCUGUGUUCUUCAUCAUUUUUGUUUUUCACAUUUGUUUUACUGCCAUAUUUUAAACAAAAUUCCAGGCGGUCAUAUGCUGGGCUUUUGUCGAUGUAUUAUUCCUAGGAAUAGUUCAAAGUGAACAUUUACAAACUUAAUGACAUUGUGGCAUAAUUUGAUAAAGAAGGCUUUGGAAGAACCAGCAAAACGAUUGAAUUACAAUUAAAAUUGCAUGGAUUUUUCUUUCUUUUUCAUUUCAAGCACCUUCACUCGAGCUUCACAGGGAUCACUGACCUUCAGCAUUUUGUACAAGAAUAAAUGAAUUAAUUCCAAAUUGGAAUGCUGUAAUUCUCUCUCUAUCUAUUGUGCCAAGUGUCGGUGCACCGUCUGGGUUUUUGAAAAGGAUCGGAAGCGUUAUACAAGAAGAGGGUGUGGCCCGUGACCUUUACCUUACCCUCCAUUUGGUUUUUGUUGAUGCUUUUCAUUCUGACCAUUAGUGCCUCUUAUUAUUUCAAGAGAGAAUCCUAGACUAGCUUUUAGGUUUUUGUAGUUUUCUUUUCCCACUCCUUCCGAAAGAUCAACAGAUGAGGAUGUCUCGUUUCAGACUUAACAGCAGCAAUAAGUGCAGAAGACAUUCAUUCUGUUUCGUGAGAGUGUGAAGAUGAUAUUUACCGUUAGUGAAAUUAAACCGAGAUUGUACUGAAUUCUUCAGGUCAGUGAUCCUAAUAGCAAAUUCAGGGGUUUUAGCUAAAGUUAUUUUGUCAAAUGGUUUGAAGCCAGAUUUAUCCUUGUUUGCCUCAUUAUGAACAAAACUUCUGAGACACGAAACGCAUGUUGUGUUUUGCUGUUGGAGACUGGUGUUAUUUAGCUUUGUAUGGUGAGAUAGCUGAAGAUCAUGUGGUAUUGAUAGUAUUGUUGACAGUUGUGAGAAAGCGUGCGUCUUCUUUCUGUCCAAUAGUUUUGUUUUUUGUUUUUGUUUUUUUUUAUAUAAUCUUGAAUAUUUUUACAUGGUUAAACAAGCAUUACGAUUUCAGGAAACAGAAAACAUUUUGCAUCAACAAGCAAACGGUGCCAUGAAAGUCGCAUCUUGUUUGUUGAGGCAUAAAUAUAAGAAAUACAGUCGGUAAGCGAGGAAAAAAUAAACUAAGUGCAAUUUUUUUUAAAACAAUUUACAUGGAAAAUAAAGUUUUCUGUUUGCUGGAAGUAAAAGCAUCGUGAUAUUCAACUAGCUGUGGAAGCUUAUGAUUGGAAACUCUUAUUGUGUUCCAGUAUUGAUCUAUACGGAAAGUUUGAUAACUUUAUAUAAAAUAACAUCUACUUCCAUAUGUUUGUAUUUAUUUGAAAUGUCGUGCAGUACUGAACUUUAUAAUAUGCAUUAUUAUGUCAUAUGCAUGUUUUUUCUCAGUCAUGGGACUUGUACACAGAGUCGAAAAAACAAACUUUACAACUCCAAAGAAUUGGAAGACAAAACGAGAAUGGGGUAAAAAGAGGGAGAGCUGGAAAUGUUUAGUUUUUAACUGGUAUAUUACUGCUGACAUAAACACAAAGUAUUGUUUACUCUGUCUGUGUAGAGGUAGUCAUGCUGGCUAAAAUCAAUAAAUACAAAUAAAAAGUCACACCUUU